AUGGUCGUCAAUCUCGAGAAACACGGCGGUUGGACGAACCGUUCCUCGAUCGUUUAGGGAGUCACUAAAGGCAUCAAGGGGGUCAAGGAGCUCGAGGCGUACCAGUUCUGGACCGGAAGUCCCGACGAGCCGACGUCCACGCAGGCGAUGGCUGGCGAGGACCGUGAGGAGAGGACCUUCCAGAAGCAUCGUGGAGAAACCUUUUCGACGACCGCUCGCAUUUCCUCCCUCACGAUGUUUAACAUUAUAGCUCACGUCAAAGGGUAUCGGCGGAUUCAGUUCGACGUCAACAGCUUUAACCUCGUGGUCACAUCACCGAGAUUCUUCAGGUCAAGCUGCCGGUCGGUUCCACACCGACUGCGCAAAUAUUUGUACGGCCUCAGACAGCUGGGACGCGAGUGGGAUACGCACGCUGCGAUGGUAUAUCAAAGCGGUCGAUCAAAGAUAUUAUAA